AUGAUAGGUUCUGCUGAAGGUGAGGGUGAGGGAAGCCUCCAUCUACCAGAUGUCUCUCUUCCUCUCCUCCCUCGGUCUCUUCAGCACCUCUUCCUCUGGCCAGUGGUUCUGGCUCUCCAGGUCACCAAAAAAGAGGUCAUCGCCGACAACGACGUUAAGAUACCCUGGCUGUUACUCUCUGCCAGCUCGGCACUCUCUGUCCUCUUUAACUUUUCCAUAAACUUUGGCAUUGCCUACACCUACCCGCUGUUCAUAUCACUCGGGACAGUACUGGGUAUCCCGGUCAAUGCCCUAGUGGACCUCCUGGCCCGCCGUGUGAACCUUUUCUCCACGUGGAAGUUUGCCGCGGUCGACCUGAUAGUGGCGGGGUUCCUAUUGAUGCUGCUGCCACCGCGUGACUCUCGCUGGAUCCACAGGACCUUUUGCUGCUGCUCCACCUGUUGCUCUCCCUGCAGCUGCUGCAGUGGCCGUGUGUGCAAGUCGCUGUCUUCUUGUGACAACACAAACUGCGUCAGAUAAUAGUGCAACAGACCCUGCUGCAUCGUCAGUGAUGCUGGUCAUUGAAAAGUGACAGAGAAUCAUUGUGCAUGCAAUCAUUUUUACAGUUCAUUAAGUUUUAUAUCAUGCAAUGCAUUGUGCAUUUUAAAAGUGUGUGUGAUGA